UUCACAUUUCAUCCCACACCUCAGAACACUUAUUCAAUCAUCCAUUUUUCUUAUUUGUUUCUCUUCCGUUUAAACUUAGAAACAAAACCUCUAGUAGUAGUAUUAGAAUCAUGGGUGUUGUGAGUUAUGAGUUUGAGGUAACCUCCCCAAUUGCUCCAGCCAGGCUUUUCAAAGCUUUUGUUCUUGAAGCUGCCAAGGUUUGGCCCACGGCUGCCCCUCAUGCAGUCAAGAGUGUUGAGCUCGAAGGUGAUGCUAGUCCUGGAAGUAUUGUAAAGAUCACCUUUGUUGAAGGCCUUCCAUACCAAUAUAUGAAGCACCAGAUUGGAGGACACGACGAAAACAAUUUUUCAUACAGUUACAGUAUGAUUGAAGGUGGGCCUUUAGGGGACAAGCUUGAGAAAAUCAGCUAUGAGAACCAGUUUGUGGCAGCUGCAGAUGGAGGAAGCAUUUGCAAGAGCUCAAUAAAAUAUUACACCACAGGCGACUAUGUAAUCACCGAAGAUGAAAUCAAGACUCUCAUUAAAGGGAGUGAGGUAGUUUACAAGGCUAUUGAAGCUUAUCUUUUGGCAAACCCCGAUGCCUGCAACUAAAGAUAUAGCUUCCUUUGAAUUCUCAUGCAUGCUUUUAAAGGGUGGUGUGAUUAUAAUGGUGUGGUUUUGAUAUUUUAUUUUCGUCUUGAACUCUAAACUGUCUUUGGAGUAUUCCAAUAAAAGUGAUGGUGAUCAGACUUUGGUCAUCUUAAUUCAUUUUUAA